AUGGCUUCAGAGAACGAACCGUUUCGAAAGUCAAAAACAAUGGUAAGGUCGCUUUAGUAAGGAUAUUUACUUAUAAAAUUGCCAUCUUUAUUUGUAUCUUUAUUAAUGUUUUACGCUUUUUCAGAGUGUGACAGUAGGGAAUCCGGACGGGGAUUCAGAGGACGAGGAGAUCGAUGUCAGAGAACGGUUCAAAGCGAUGGCAAUGGCCGAAGAUCAGCCGAUUGCUCAUUUUGUCGAGGACAAUGAAGUCAUUCUGCCUUCUACAUCGACGGGUCACGAGAACUUCAGGUUAGACAAGGUGCACGAGCUGAUCAGCCACGACUUCAGCGUCCUCAACGACCAUGAAUUUGUCGAGCCUGUAGUUCAGAAACCACCAAAGAUCAUCAACGGGUAUUUGUUUGGAGAUCUGCUGGGAGAAGGGUCCUACAGCAAGGUGAAGGAAGUCAUCGACAGCAGGACCCUUGUACGACGCUCUAUUAAAAUCAUCAAGGUACGUUGUUAUAAGUUUUGGAAUAAUUUUAGGUAUUAAAUUAGUAAUUUGUUGAACUAAAUUUGAACACACUGCUUUAGUUACAUUAAAUUAAUUUGAUUUUGAUUGUCUUAUUAAUGCUUUUCAGGACAAAAGGUUGAAAAAGAUUCCUUUUGGCGAGAAGAAUGUGCAACAUGAGAUCCACAUCUUACGCCAAGUGCGACAUGAGAAUGUAGUUCGGCUUCUGGAGAACUUUAGAGUGGAGGAAAAGGAGAAGCUGUAUCUUGUAAUGGAGUACUGUACGUGUUCUCUUCAGCAGUUGUUAGAUGCGUCUGUGGAGAAGAAACUUCAAGAGUUUCAGGUAUCUUGUUGUUAUUUUGUGAAAGGUUGAGUCACUCUUUCGAAAUAUAGACUUACAUUUUUGUCGCCUUUCGUAGUUAAACAUUAAUUUAUAGGCGCAUGGGUACUUGGUACAGUUGUUGGAAGGCGUUGACUAUCUUCACUUGAAAGGUGUCAUUCACAAAGAUAUCAAACCUGGAAACCUGUUAUUGUCAUCUGAUGGGUGCCUCAAGAUUUGUGACAUGGGAGUAGCUGAACUUCUCGAAACCUCUGAUCCUUUAAACGAUGACUGGUGCACUUUGUCACAAGGGACACCCAAGUUUCAACCGCCAGAGGUCGUUUCUGGGAAUGUGGAACGGUUUAGGUAACAUUUCUUUACAUUAAGUUGUUACAGUAAUAAUAAAUUGUGCAUAUUGAACUUUACCCUUGCUUCAGGGGUCGUCCAGUUGAUAUUUGGGCGUGUGGUGUGACCUUGUACAACAUGAUCAGUGGCGAUUACCCCUUCAACGGCGAUGGGUUGAUGAAGUUGUUUGAGAACAUAACCCAGAAUGACAUUGAGUGGCCAGAAGAUAUUAAGGACAACCGGACCUUACACACGCUUCUGAAGGGAGUGCUGGAGAAAGACCCUGACAACCGGUGGAAUACGGUAACCAUCAGGGCGGGAGAGUGGUUCAAGACAGAGUUCCAAGUGGUGAGUGGAGUUUCGUUGACCGAGAGAUUCGUAGCGUCUGUAGACCGAGACUAGAUUUUAGAAGCUGGACCAGAUGGUUAGUUGUGGUCCUCGUCCAGAGCACGACCAGCUCGACGUGCUGCAGCGUUGGGACGAGCCCGCGGAAGAACAGCUGAGCGAACGACCUCUGAUCGCCGACGAAAAGCCGGAUUCUGAGCCGACCACGGAGCAAAACUCUCGAUCUCGCGGCUUCUUCAAACGUAUCUGGUGUCCUUGGCGUCGACGCCACAAUUAA